AAAGUCCCAAUUUCCAAACUAUUUUAAAUAAUUUUCAGUUUUCUGUUUUCCUUGGCGUCGGUUCUUCUUCUUAUACUUGUUUUUUUUUUUUUUUUUAAAUUGUUAAUCUAGACGUAUACACACGGCUGUAUUCAUACGAAUGCUAACUCUUCUCCAAAAAAAAUUUCGUUGUUGUUAAGAACCAAAUUCCAAUUUCGAAGCACUUCCUCUCCAGCGAGAUCUGAUAAAAAGACAGAAAAAAUGUCAUACGCUUACCUUUUCAAAUACAUCAUCAUCGGUGAUACCGGAGUCGGAAAAUCAUGCCUUCUGCUUCAGUUCACGGACAAGAGGUUCCAGCCGGUUCACGACCUCACCAUAGGUGUCGAAUUUGGGGCUCGGAUGAUCACCAUCGACAACAAACCCAUCAAGCUCCAAAUUUGGGACACGGCGGGUCAAGAGUCCUUUCGAUCCAUUACCAGGUCCUAUUACAGAGGGGCUGCUGGUGCUUUGCUUGUCUAUGACAUCACCAGGAGGGAAACUUUUAAUCACUUGGCUAGCUGGCUAGAGGAUGCUAGGCAGCAUGCAAAUGCUAACAUGACUAUUAUGCUCAUUGGUAAUAAGUGUGAUCUUGCUCAUAGAAGGGCUGUGAGCACAGAGGAAGGAGAGCAGUUUGCUAAGGAGAAUGGUUUAAUCUUCAUGGAGGCCUCUGCAAAAACUGCUCAAAAUGUUGAAGAGGCAUUUAUCAAAACAGCUGCAACAAUAUAUAAGAAGAUUCAAGAUGGAGUUUUUGACGUAUCAAAUGAGUCUUACGGAAUAAAAGUUGGAUAUGGUGGAAUUCCAGGGCCAUCAGGAGGCAGAGAUGGUUCUUCUUCUCAAGCAGGAGGCUGCUGCGGUUGAAAUUCACACUCAUUUGAUAUACUGAAUACAACCAGUUUAUGAUUCUUGUGCCUUUUGGAACUGAAUAUUAUGACUGUUUUUGGUAUGUGGGGAUUUGGGGCAUGUGAUCCUUGUAUAAUCCACUUUGGUGUCAUGUCUAUUGAUUGUAAAUUCAUCAGAUGUUAUAGUUUCUUUAACUUUCUUCUCCUCUUUCUUUUGUUGGAUUGUAUUAGUUUUAUUCUUCUUUGCCACUGCUGAAGGAAACUCUGAAUUGUGAAAAGCAGAAAGUCUCAUUAAACUUGAUGUGUUAUGUGUUAACAUAUGAUGUUCACAAGCUGAAUUCAGUGGGAUUCUAUGUGUAUUUUGGAUCCAA